AUGAAGCCCAGCAACGCAAUCCUCUUUCUGCUUCCCCUCGUGGCAACCGCAGUACCACUGAGCAGCCCAAACCCGGGCGCAGAAGCUGUUGCUGAACUUCUUCCUAGAGCCGACGCCACGUGCUAUCUCCACUCGGAGGCACUCCCUUCUCAGGGCUGUGACACGACGCCCUUCAGUGGCUCACGGAAGAGGACGGUCACGGGUGGCGAUCGCUUUGGCGUACGCUGCACUGCUCGUGGAAAGCCUUUUGGAUCUCAAGGGUACACCAAGUGGGAUUGGGUUCCUGGGUGGGGAUGCUGGAUUUGGGCUGGAUGGACGCAGAUUGGAUGUGAGAACGGCCUUCCUUACUAUGAUGAUUACAGGAGGUGUUUGUAG